GGCCGCGGGCGGGGCUGGGCCGGGGCCAUGGCCGAGGGCAGGAGCGGCAGCGCCGGGCUCUUCGCCAGGCAGGUCCAGAAACGCUUCAGCCGCGCCCAGGAGAAGGUUCUGCAAAAAUUGGGCAAAACGGUGGAAACCAAAGACGAGCAGUUCGAGCAGAGCGCCUACAACUUCCAGCUGCAGCAGAACGAAGGUCACAAACUCUACAAGGACCUCAAGGGGUUCGUGGGAGCCGUGAAAGUGAUGCACGAGAGCUCCCGCAAAGUGGCCGAGACGCUGCAGGAGAUUUACAGCCACGAGUGGGAUGGGCACGAGGAGCUCCGAGCUAUCGCUGAUAGCAAUGACCUCCUGUGGGAUGACUACGAGGCGAAGUUGGCCGACCAAGCCCUGCGGCUCAUGGAGAAUUACCUGGCUCAGUUCGGGGACUUUAAGGAGCGCAUCGCCAAGAGGGGCCGAAAGCUCGUGGACUACGACAGUGCCCGGCAUCACCUGGAGGCUCUGCAAAGCGCCAAGAAAAAGGACGAGGCCAAAAUUGCCAAGGCUGAGGACGAGUUCAAUAAAGCCCAGGCAGUGUUUGAGGACCUGAACAGGGACCUGCGGGAGGAGCUGCCAGUCCUGUACGGCAGCCGCAUCGCCUGUUACGUCACCGUUUUCCAGAACAUCUCCAACCUCCGUGACGUCUUCUACAAGGAGAUGAGCAAGCUCAACCGGGACCUGUAUGAGGUGAUGAGCAAACUGGAGAAGCAGCACUCGAGCAAGGUGUUCAUCAUCAAAGGUGUUCCCAGCAACCGCCGCUCUCUGGUCAUCUCCGCGCCCGUGAGCCCCCCGGCCGCGUUCCCCUGCCCGGACAAGGCGCCCGUGCUGGACGCGGAGGCGACACCGGCGUCCCCCGGCGGGGGCAGCGCUGCCACCGAGACCAACGGAGACCCGGGGGCUGUUUCCCCCGGGCCCCCCCCGGCCUCGCCCGCCAGCGGGGGCUCCCUGGACACGGCCUCGGUGUCCAGCGAGGAG